AUUAUAGUAAACACGUUCUAUAGACAUAAUAUACUAGUAUUGUAUGAAGAUAUAUGAAUACGAUUUCGGCGGAUUGAAUAACAAAUACACAGUGGAAUUCGAAAAUAAUGGCGGAUUUAAAUAACGAACUGAAUCGGAAUUUAAGACACAAAUGCCUAAAGUUACCAACAGGAAAGAAGUAUUACUUCUAUAUCGUAGCUGCCGAGGACGAUUGUGAACCGGUUGAAGAAAUUGUCACUGUACUAAAGAACGUUUUCACUUGAAAUGUUUAUAUGAUGUAGUUGAUUGUUACCCUGGUGUGGACAAGUUCAAUUUCAUGAAAGCGGGAAUGAAAGAGUCAGUAAAAGUUGUAUUAUUCCUGUCACAGCGCUAUACAAACGACGAAUGGUGUAGUUAUCAACAAAAGAUUGCUUUAGCCGCAUCAUUUGAUGAGAAAAUUCCAUGUAUAGUUCCAGUUAUUCUUGAAGAUGUUGGAGAAGAAACAUUCUCUCUUCUUUCAUUUCUAACGUUUGUUAAUGCACGAUGUGUCGAUGCAGCUGGGAUAGCCAGUAAAAUAGCAGAAUCCGUAGAGAGUUUGGAUUUGAGUAAGAGCAUGUUUCCACUAGAAUUCACGAACGUUAUAGCCAGAUUUGAAAAUGGGUACAAUGUUGAAAUUCCUGUCGAGAAAGACAAACUUCGAUUUAACAGGCCUGCAAAGCGUAAGUUUCGCGUGGAUAGAGACUUACUUACAGAGCUAACAAAUAGUCAAAUGAAGGUUUCUGAAGAGCUUUUACGCGAUGUUGUACAAUUAGUAAAUAGUGAUCCUGUCAUGAAGACCUACGAUUUCCUGAAGAAAAGAAAUAUAUGUUGCUGGGGAAGUGUCUCUUGUACCAAUGCUUUUAUUAUUGGCCAUACUGGUUGCACUAGUAGCAUCUUCAACUAGAGACCGGCCUGAGCUAUAUUUCGAAGACGUUCUGAUUAUGAUGUUAUUGGCGGGUUUUGCUGAGAUGUAUCCAAUAAUUAUGGUUAUAUUGGUUUUGGCUGUUCCAAGAUAUUACCACCGAGAAAAGGUGAAAACAAUUCAGAUCAUGUUCAAGGGCAUAUUGAUACAGAUAAAAGUAAUGAUUGCAGUUUCAACCUCGAGGAUUUCCAAUGAAUUUUCUGAUGGAUUUACAGAUUUAAGUAGAAAAAUAUUGCCAUUAUUAUUUUAUUCUCUGGAAGAUCCCUGUGUAGAAACACCUUCAAUAUCUGGCUCGAUAGGUUGACAUUAAGGCAUUUAAGGUUCUGACCAGAAAAAAUAACAACACUACUAAGUGGUGUGAGGCAAGUGAUUUGAAAUUGCCAACCUGAGCCAUACGGACAUAUUAAAGACUUACAUCUUUAAAAUUGAUUAUGAAGAUCUCUAUUAAUUCAGUUCAGUGUUGCCUUUAUGAUUUUAAUCAUUUCAUUUUAGAAGACUAGCUGUUAUCUAACUUGAAUAUAAAAUGCAAUAUUCACAAUUAAAAGACAAUAAUAA